CGAAUAGGUGCCCGCCUCUUUGCUGCACAACUCUUUAAAGGAAAAUGUGAUUGGGUCUUUCAAGCGUCACUCCCGUCUUUUUCAAAACUCCCCGGCUGCACGAGAAAGAAAAACGAUUGGCUUUCAGAGCUGUCACUCAAGAACGGGAUAUCUUUUGACGCAAAAGGUAGUGGUAGAACCACUUUAGGUCUUCGAACGGGGGCGUGGUCUGCGAUACGGCGGUGGGCGGGCCGUUCAGCGUUUCCUUUGUGUGUGGGCACCAGUAACCGGCUGUGAGCGCGCUUGAGGAGGAGUAGAAGCCGCCAUUUUGUGCGUGUGCGCUUCCUCUUCCCCACCCCCUUUCCCCGUUCUCUGCCGGUUAAACCAGGUCCGAUCGCCGUGGCCGCCCUCCCGCCUGUGAGGAACGCCAGCCUCGUAGCGUCCGUCUUCGCUAGGCCGCAGCUGCCCCCUGCCGGCGGCAGCAGAGAGGAGGCGAGGAGGAGUUUGGCGGCCUCGGCUCCGGCAUGGAGAACAACCAGCUGUGUAAGCUGUUCAUCGGCGGCCUGAAUGUGCAGACGACGGAGGCAGGGCUGCGAGAGCACUUCUCGGCCUACGGCACCCUGACCGACUGCGUGGUGGUGCUGAACCCGCAGACGAAGCGCUCCCGAUGCUUCGGUUUCGUCACCUACUCGGCCGUGGAGGAGGCCGACGCGGCCAUGGCUGCCUCUCCGCACGCCGUGGACGGCAACGCGGUCGAGCUGAAGCGCGCCGUCUCCCGCGAGGACUCGGCCCGGCCCGGCGCUCACGCGAAGGUGAAGAAGCUCUUCGUCGGAGGCCUCAAGGGGGACUUGGGCGAGAACGACCUGGUGGAGCACUUCAGCCAGUUCGGCCCCGUGGAGAAGGCCGAGAUCAUCUCUAACAAGCAGAGCGGCAAGAAGCGCGGCUUCGGCUUCGUCUACUUCCAGAACCACGACGCCGCCGACAAGGCCGCCGUGGUCAAGUUCCACCCCAUCCAGGGUCACCGCGUGGAGGUCAAGAAGGCUGUGCCC